CGGCCCGAGCCCCCACCCCGUCGGGCCCAGCCCCAACCCCAGCCCCAGCCCCGGCCGGGCCGGUGUGCGAGCCCGUGCUGCCCCCUCAGCCAGAGACGCCCCCGGCUGCCCGCCAGCCCGUCCGCCACCAUGGAGCUGGAGGACGGUGUGGUGUACCAGGAGGAGCCCGGCGGCUCCGGGGCCGUGAUGUCGGAGCGGGUGUCUGGCCUGGCCGGCUCCAUCUACCGCGAGUUCGAACGGCUGAUCGGGCGCUACGACGAGGAGGUGGUCAAGGAGCUGAUGCCACUGGUGGUGGCUGUGCUGGAGAACCUGGACUCGGUGUUCGCGCAGGACCAGGAGCACCAGGUGGAGCUGGAGCUUCUGCGGGACGACAACGAGCAGCUCAUCACCCAGUACGAGCGGGAGAAGGCUCUGCGCAAGCACGCCGAGGAGAAAUUCAUUGAAUUUGAAGACUCUCAAGAACAGGAAAAAAAGGAUUUACAGACCCGAGUGGAAUCUUUAGAAUCGCAAACACGACAACUUGAACUCAAAGCAAAAAACUAUGCUGACCAGAUUAGCAGACUUGAAGAAAGAGAAGCAGAACUGAAGAAGGAAUAUAAUGCAUUACAUCAAAGACACACUGAGAUGAUCCAUAAUUAUAUGGAACACUUAGAAAGAACAAAACUUCAUCAGCUCUCAGGGAGUGAUCAACUAGAGUCUACAGCUCAUAGUAGAAUUAGAAAAGAACGCCCUAUAUCAUUAGGGAUUUUCCCAUUACCUGUCGGCGACGGAUUGCUCACUCCAGACACUAAGAAAGGCGGAGAGACCCCUGGGUCAGAGCAGUGGAAGUUUCAGGAGUUAAGUCAACCACGUUCUCAUACCAGCCUGAAGGAUGAACUUUCUGAUGUUAGCCAAGGAGGAUCUAAAGCUACCACUCCAGCAUCAACAGCUGCUUCAGAUGUAGCAGCACUUCCUACUGAUACUCCCUUAAAGGAAGACACUGAAGGAUUUGUGAAGGUUGCAGAUACACCAAAUAAAUCAGAGAUAAGCAAGCAUAUUGAAGUACAGGUAGCCCAAGAAACUAGAAAUGUAUCAACAGGUUCUGCAGAAAAUGAAGAGAAAUCAGAAGUUCAAGCGAUCAUCGAAUCCACUCCUGAGUUGGAUAUGGACAAAGAUCUCAGUGGAUAUAAAGGAUCAAGCACUCCUACCAAAGGCAUAGAGAACAAAGCUUUUGAUCGCAACACAGAAUCUCUCUUUGAAGAACUGUCUUCAGCUGGCUCAGGCCUAAUUGGAGAUGUGGAUGAAGGAGCAGACUUAUUAGGAAUGGGUCGUGAAGUUGAGAAUCUUAUAUUAGAAAAUACACAACUGUUGGAAACCAAAAAUGCUUUGAAUGUAGUGAAGAACGAUUUGAUAGCAAAAGUGGAUGAACUGACCUGUGAGAAAGACGUGCUGCAAGGGGAGCUGGAGGCUGUGAAGCAAGCCAAGCUGAAGCUGGAGGAAAAGAACAAAGAACUGGAGGAAGAGCUGAGGAAAGCUCGUGCAGAAGCUGAAGAUGCAAGGCAAAAAGCAAAAGAUGACGAUGAUAGUGAUAUUCCCACAGCCCAGAGGAAGCGGUUUACUAGAGUAGAAAUGGCCCGCGUUCUAAUGGAGAGAAACCAGUAUAAAGAGAGAUUGAUGGAGCUUCAGGAAGCUGUUCGAUGGACAGAGAUGAUUCGAGCAUCAAGAGAAAAUCCAGCCAUGCAGGAAAAAAAAAGGUCAAGCAUCUGGCAGUUUUUUAGCCGACUUUUCAGCUCCUCAAGUAAUACUACCAAGAAACCUGAACCACCUGUUAAUCUGAAGUAUAAUGCACCCACCUCUCAUGUUACUCCUUCUGUCAAGAAAAGAAGCAGCACCUUAUCUCAGCUCCCAGGGGAUAAGUCCAAAGCCUUUGACUUCCUGAGUGAGGAAACUGAAGCUAGUUUAGCCUCACGCAGAGAACAAAAGAGAGAACAGUAUCGUCAGGUAAAGGCACAUGUUCAGAAGGAAGACGGUAGAGUGCAGGCUUUUGGCUGGAGCCUGCCUCAAAAGUACAAACAGGUAACCAAUGGUCAAGGGGAAAAUAAAAUGAAAAACUUACCUGUGCCUGUCUAUCUCAGACCUCUAGAUGAAAAAGAUGCAUCAAUGAAGCUAUGGUGUGCUGUUGGAGUCAAUUUAUCUGGUGGGAAGACCAGAGAUGGUGGUUCUGUUGUAGGAGCAAGUGUAUUUUACAAGGAUGUUGCUGGUUUGGAUACAGAAGGCAGUAAACAGCGGAGUGCAUCUCAGAGUAGUUUAGACAAGCUAGAUCAGGAACUUAAGGAACAGCAGAAGGAAUUAAAAAAUCAAGAAGAAUUAUCCAGUCUAGUCUGGAUCUGUACCAGCACUCAUUCAGCUACAAAAGUUAUCAUUAUUGAUGCUGUUCAACCAGGCAACAUCCUAGACAGUUUCACUGUUUGCAAUUCUCAUGUUCUGUGUAUAGCAAGUGUACCCGGAGCACGAGAAACAGACUACCCUGCAGGAGAAGAGCUUUCAGAAUCUGGACAGGUGGACAAAGCAUCUUUAUGUGGAAGCAUGACAAGCAAUAGCUCAGCAGAGACAGACAGCCUGUUGGGAGGCAUCACAGUGGUUGGUUGUUCCACGGAAGGCGUGACAGCAGCUGCCACUUCCCCUAGUACCAAUGGUGCUUCUCCAGUGACAGAAAAACCACCAGAAAAGGAAGCAGAAAGUAAUGAGAUUGAUGAAAAUGUUCCAACAGCCGAAGAAGCAACUGAAGCCACAGAAGGCAAUGCAGGGUCAGCUGAAGACACCGUGGACAUCUCCCAAACUGGCGUGUACACAGAGCACGUCUUUACAGAUCCUCUGGGAGUUCAGAUCCCAGAAGACCUCUCACCAGUGUAUCAGUCAAGUAAUGACUCAGACGUGUAUAAAGAUCAAACAUCAGUAUUGCCAAAUGAACAAGACCUGGCGAGAGAAGAAGCCCAGAAAAUGAGUAGCCUUUUACCCACUAUGUGGCUUGGGGCUCAGAAUGGCUGUUUGUAUGUCCAUUCAUCUGUAGCCCAGUGGAGGAAAUGUCUCCAUUCUAUUAAGCUUAAAGAUUCGAUUCUCAGUAUUGUACAUGUGAAAGGAAUUGUGUUAGUGGCUCUGGCUGAUGGCACCCUUGCAAUCUUUCACAGAGGAGUUGAUGGGCAGUGGGAUUUGUCAAACUAUCAUCUGUUAGACCUUGGACGGCCUCACCAUUCCAUUCGAUGCAUGACCGUGGUACAUGACAAAGUCUGGUGUGGCUAUCGGAACAAAAUCUAUGUGGUUCAGCCAAAGGCCAUGAAAAUAGAGAAAUCCUUUGAUGCACACCCCAGGAAGGAGAGCCAAGUGCGGCAGCUUGCGUGGGUGGGUGACGGUGUGUGGGUCUCCAUUCGCUUGGAUUCCACACUCCGUCUCUAUCACGCACAUACUUACCAACAUCUGCAGGAUGUGGACAUUGAGCCUUAUGUAAGCAAAAUGUUAGGUACUGGAAAACUGGGCUUCUCAUUUGUGAGGAUCACAGCUCUCAUGGUGUCUUGCAAUCGUUUGUGGGUGGGGACAGGAAACGGUGUCAUUAUCUCCAUCCCACUGACAGAGACUGUAAUCCUCCACCAGGGACGUUUACUGGGGCUGAGGGCAAAUAAAACCUCAGGAGCACCAGGAAAUCGUCCUGGAAGCGUGAUUCGCGUAUAUGGCGAUGAAAACAGUGACAAAGUGACUCCAGGGACAUUUAUACCCUAUUGUUCAAUGGCACAUGCACAGCUUUGCUUCCACGGGCAUCGGGAUGCUGUGAAGUUCUUUGUGGCAGUCCCAGGUCAAGUUGUCAGCCCACAAAGUGGCCCUAGUGGCACAGAUCUGACAGGUGACAAAGCAGGGCCAUCUGCACAGGAGCCUGGCAACCAGACGCCCUUGAAGUCUAUGCUUGUCAUCAGUGGAGGAGAGGGCUACAUUGACUUCCGAAUGGGUGAUGAAGGUGGAGAAUCAGAACUUCUGGGAGAGGAUCUUCCACUUGAACCUUCUGUUGCCAGAGCGGAAAGGAGUCACUUGAUAGUGUGGCAAGUGAUGUAUGGCAGUGAGUGAGCCCAUGGACACCGGUCGAGACGGGGAAGCCGUCUCUUCUGCAUGGUUUCUUUUCCCUCUUCCUCUUUAUUUAAUGCUCUCUUAGUGAAAUAAGUUUCACCACAUAAUAUGUGAGCAUUUUUUUUCCCUGUUAACUUUACAAAAUCUGUUUUACUGUAACAAUACAGGAACUAGCUGUUUUACUGCACCAGUGUUAUAGGCAAUUUCAGUAUAUUAUGAACAAAUCAAAGAAUGUUUACUUUCUGCAAACUGGUGAAUUAUAGAAAGCAAUCCAGAUGUGGUUUAUUCUGCCACAGCUAACGUCACUCACUUCGUUUGAUGGGGUCACUUCUUAGCUGUCACUAAUAACGGAAUUAACGUAACUACUUGGUAAAUGAAGCUGUACCAUUGAGUACAAUAGUCAAGUUCCCCCCAAUGUACUAUAAAAUUGACACAAACUAAUAUUGGGUGGAUUAUCAGGAUAUAUCCACGUGUCCUGAGAGGGCUAAACGCUAACUGUACAUUACUUUAACUUUCACUUUCAAAUCUGACAAAUCUUGUUUAUAUGGUAUAUAAAAACUUUGUUUUCAUCAGAUUUGGGGGGGUUUUAUAUUAAAGAAAUUAAGACUACACUAUUUAAAUAAA